AUGGGCAACAUCUGUUCUAAGUCUUCGAACCAACCUGAUAACUUCUCCACUCCAGGCAGGACGGUCGGCGCUAGCCCACAAACUCCAAAGGCUUCUACAGCGCCCGUGCCUAAGAAGAUAAUCACUAGUACGCCAGGGCGGACCCUUGGAGGGAGGGAUGAGACAGCGAGCCCCAACGAUGCAAGAGGGGCCGCAGCAAAGGCCGCCGAACAACGAGCAAUGAACUCUAACAAACCCGGAGGCAAACUCGCGACGCAAUUGCAGAGCCAGAAAAAGCAAACGCAGAACCAGCUUCUCAAUUCGGGCUCAGAAGCAGAAAGGAGAGCCCGCGAUGCAGAU